AUGUGGAAAUCGACAAUAUUUCGUUUUUGUGGACGUUCGCUGGUUUCAAGCAUACAACGGCGUGCCGAACCUUUACCAGCGAAUUCCGUUAAAUAUUCAAAAGCGAGCGGGAAUGAAGAAGUUGGCACCGAAAAUGAAGUAAAUGGAAACGAUGAACUGGAUGUGGACAAAAUGCUCGCGAAAGCAGCGAGAAGAGCACCUUACAGUUCAGAAGCUUUAGCCGAAUUAAACUUCAAUAAAUAUCCUUAUUAUAUCGAACGUGAAUGGUGGAAAAGUGGUAAACGUAUGACAUUCUGGGCAACAUGGCGCAUGCUUAGGGAUGUAAGACGUCGCGAGGCCCUUGCUGCAGUUGGACCUGAUCUGUUUCGUUUGAAAGCUAUGAAAUUGAAUACCAUUUUACCACAAGCGAUUCGCGAUGAAUGUGCUGAUAAGAUAUAUAGCUUUGGUGAUAAACCACAUCCAAGGCGGAUUUUAAAUUUGUGUCAGUUUACUGGUGCGAGGCGUGGGAAGCUUAAAAAUUUCCGUCUUAGCCGACAUAUUAUAAGGCAUUUGGCAGAUUUUGGUAAAUUGAGUGGAGUUCAAAGGUCUUUUUGGUAA